AUGGAUAUUAAGCUCUCUGUGCGGCCACAACGGGAGCAGCAGUGGCAGCAGGUCGACGUGCGCCGGCGUGGUGGCGAGGCCUCUAUGGAGCACAGCCCAUUCCGCAAGGUGCUCAGACGCAGCUGCAGACACGAACUGUGCCUGCAAUGCCUACGCACUGUCCAGAGGAGCGUUGGCAGACAGGCCAGGCCAUACAACGCCUCACGGGCGCAGAUGGCUGAGCUGGUGAGGGAGGUGUUCGGAGACAGCGUGUUCACUUCCUGCACGCAGCAGCUCGAGGACGGCAGGAGCGGCGGCGACGGUGACGGCGAGGAACUGCGCUUCCGCUUCCAGGUGAAGCUUCUGGACGCCGAUGGCCUCUUCGACGUCGGCGACAGAAGGUACGCCCAUUGCCGUUUGUGGGCCAACGAAAGCGAUGGUAAGACCUCGGAGGUGUUCAAGCGGAAGUGGCUCCCCGAGUCCACCGUCGAUAUGUUCGUUAAUGUGCGUGAGCCCUCAACGAGCCGCCUUGUUCUGGAAGUGCUCGCCAAGGAGCAACUGCAACACCUGGGACGCCAUCAGAACGCUGGUUCGUCCUGGAACGUCGACGCCAAACUACAGAUUUCGGUCACGUUUCACACCGUGGCCACCACCGACAUCAGCGUGCUGGAGCGGAUACGCGAACACUACGCCCUGAGUUUCGUCUUUCUCGAGCACAACGUCGAGAACGCCUCUGAGGACAGUGUGGCUCGGUGGACCAGGUGGUCGGACUGCGUGGGGCGACGCGGAAUCACGCUUCUCCGGCAGCACGCGAUGCAGAACAACAUGCAGGACGUGGAGGCCCACUGCUGCUACCUGCAGGCGGUCACUGAGCACAGGAUGAAAGUUAACACCCAAAUCAGUUUCGUAGUGAUGUACUUGCUCCUCAAAGAGCUCCAACUCGAAUUGGGUAACACGAGGCAUCGCUUCGUCAGCGAUGCUCUUGAUCAGCUUAUUCGGGGCCUGUCGGAGCACAUAAAUGCUCAACUGGAGAACCUCCAUAACCAGUAUUACCUAGAGUUCGAGCUGCACGUCACAGACCUCUCUGGGGCACUGUCGGUGUGCGCGCUGAUGGAAAGCAUGAGCUCUCUGCCCAUCGUGGAGUCGGCUCGGGUGGCUCUUCAAAAGAACGAGCGAGAAUGGUACGAGCAGCUCGCAGAAGCGUGUGACGAAAACGCCACGCUGUCAGCAGUCGCGGGCACGCUUGAAAAGAUUCGGCUACACCAACUAAAAGCCAACCGGUUAUUCCAGCAAUCCUGGAACGAGACGUACACUAACAUAGUCAUGCACCAACUCGACGACUUCCUUUUCAAGUACCUGAAGCCUUGGGUAACUCGGCUGGUCGAGGGCGUUUUUGCAUCCUCGCCCGGAGAGGAGGAAGAGAGGACACUGACUUCGAUCGAAGCGUUCCUGGUGAUCAAGACGUUCCUGGAAGAACUCCCCAUGCAGAAUGUCAAGCCCAAGGUAUUAAAGGUGGAGAGAUUCCGCGAAUGGUUUGGACCGAGGAUUGUCGAGCGCUGGUUUAAUUUCGCGUCGCGAGCCAGCGACAUCAUACUGGAAUUCGUGGCCGCAGAUGAUCUAGUGCCCAUGAAUGCCAACGUCAAGUACAGUUCCUCUUUCGUCGAGACAGCCGACGCCAUCAACGCCAGCGUCGUCAGCAUCUGGGUUCUGCUCGAGUGGCCUGAGCACGCGUGCAGCUUUGCUUUCGUCGAGUGCGUGCAGCAGUGGGUCACUGUCUACGCGGCAGCCAUCGAGCAGAAACUCGAAGAAACCGGUGGUGGUGGUCGCGACGGCGCUAGUGGCAGCGGCUGCACCGUGCCGGCCAGGCUGUGCGUUGCCGUCAAUGACUUGAUGGGUAUCGUCGCGUUUGUGCAGCAGAUACGCUGCAAGAUUGUCGACACGUACGUCGGAUCUCGCGAAGGGUUGUCUCGAUUUGCGGACGUCGACAUCAAAGUCCACAACACCCUCGUGGUCGUUGAUGCCUCCAAGGACAAGCUCCUGGAUUUCAUAGUGCACCGGCUGCUGCCCGAUGUCGAGCCCCGGAUUGAGAAGGUGCUCCGGGCGCAGAACACCAUGACUCAAGAAGCAGAUGUGGAGGGUCUCCUGCGGACCGUCAUGGCGUGCAUCACCUCACUGCGGGUCAACCUAGAAGCGGAGGCGUUUGAAGCCGUGCUGUGCUUGCUGUGGGCCAAGAUGACUACACUUCUCAAGCAGGCCAUCUCGCGGAUGCGUACACGCUGCGGCGUGGACUCGCGGGCGUACUCGGCCUCGUAUCUUGGCCUGUCCGUGAUCAUCCAGCAGCUGCCCAAGUGCUUCAUCAUCAAGGACAGCGGCUGGCCUCUCACCGGCGGCCAUGGCGGCUGA